AUGACAAACGAAGAGAGUAUCUUUCCUACACAAAUAAUAGUAGGUGUAGUUGGUAUAGGACUCAUGGGCUCUAGUAUUACUACUUGUCUCUUAAUAGCUGGCCAUCAAGUUAUAGCAGUAGCUCCAAUUCCAAUCGAUCUUGAAACUGCUGAAACUCGUAUUCAUGAACAUCUCGCUCGAUCAUUUGAACAAGAAAUAUGUUUAGAAAAACCAGUUUAUUACUUAAAAAAUUUGACUAUUACCGAAGAUUAUAAUUGUCUUAAAGUUACUUCCUUAGUUAUUGAAUGUACUCUUGAAGAUAUUACAAUCAAAAAGCAAGUUUAUAAAAAUAUUGAAAAUGUCGUAUCGAAUGAAACUAUCAUUACAAGUAAUACAUCAGCCAUUCCCAUUAGUCUUCUGCAAGAAGAGGCUUGUGUACCGAGUCGAUUUUUUGGAUUACACUGGGCUGAGCCAUCUCAUACAACACGAUUUUUAGAAAUUAUUUGCGGUAACAAAAGUGAUCAGCAAAAGGCCGAAUGGUUAUAUCAACUUUCACAUCAUUGGGCUAAAGAACCAACACUCGUAAGAAAAGAUAUUCGUGGCUUUAUCACCAAUCGUCUUAUGUAUGCUUUAUAUCGAGAAGCGUUUUAUCUAGUCGAAAAUGGAUACGCUACUGUUGAUGAUGUUGAUCGAGCAUGUCGCAAUAAUGCUGGUUAUUGGAUGACUUUAGUUGGUUGCUUUCGAUGGAUGGAUCUUACAGGCAUUCCAGCUUAUCAUGCUGUUAUGCGAGAUUUAUUGCCUACGCUGUGUAAUGAAACUGAAAUACCGAAACUUAUUGAUGAUAUUGUUAAAACAGGUGGAAAAGGUAUUCUAAAUGGUAAUGGUUUCUAUAAUUAUACACCAGAAGAGGCUCGUUUAUGGCGUGAAACUUUUGAAGAGUUUAGUUAUGAUAUUCGACGAUUAGCAUUGAAAUAUCCUGUUGAUGUUGUCACUAGAAAAUUGAAUGUCCUAGAGAAAAAAAAUGAAACUCAAGAUUAA